GUGGCAACGUGAUUGACAGCCAAUGACAUGGCUGAUUGACAUUGUAGGACACACCCACUGGAUCAAACCAUGUUUUGCCUUAUUUAAAAGUUGAAGUCAAUUUCCACUACAGCUAUCUACACGCGCUCUUCCAAGUUCAGUUUACUAAAAAGCUUGUUGAGUAAAUUAGCUCGGUAACCUGGCUUCAGCGACCACCAGGCCACACUUCGAGGGAAGAUGUCUACCAUCCGAUUUGGAUCAACUUGUAGUCCUUCGAAGACUACUCUAGCUGAGACAUUGCCACGCUGGAACGAUGAGGAAGGGGAGAAGGCUGAUCCAGAAGAUGCCUGUGAUCCAAAUAAACUCCUUCAGUGUCCAUACGACAAGAACCAUCAGAUCCGUGCCUGCCGCUUUCCAUACCAUCUGAUCAAGUGCAGCAAAAACCACCCUAAACUGGCCAGUGAAUUAAAAACGUGCCCUUUCAACGCCCGCCACCUGAUGCCCAAGCAUGAGCUUUCACACCACAUUGCUAACUGUGUUGACAGAAUAUCUGUGAAUGCAGAAGACUUGGGCAGCGCUGAGGUGCAGAGCAAAUGGCAGGUACCUGUUAGCACCUGGACGAACACCAACUGUGAUGAGGACUGGGAUAAAGAAGCUGAUAUUUCUUCGGUGCCUUUCGUAUGGGGAGUGUCCACAAACCUGAUCAGUCAGAACAGGACUGAGCCAUGCACUACAAAUAAUCUUACUCCUGGACUCCGAGCUCCAAGAACUCUGCCCUGGAAAAUGUGACUGACAAAGGGCAGAAUGAAAGACAAAAGUUGGAAGUCAAGAGGCUAUCUUGCAGUUAAGUUUUAUAUCAUAGAUGCGUGUUUUAUUAUCUCACUUUGACUUGAUUAUGGACACAUUUGAGAAAUCCCAUUUUGUUUUACUAUAAAUGCAUGCUUUGUAACCUAACCUUAGACAUGGUGAUUGGGGUUUGUGUCCCCUUUUUUGUUAUUAAAAGGCUUUUUUGCAGAAGUGUUUCCCUAUCCUAACUCUGCAUGUAGGCUGUUGAUGUACUGUAUGUUCCUGAUGCCCUACUGCAGAUGAAUAUAUUCUCACUGUAUUGCACAUAUCAGAUAUCUUCAAGAUGCUCAUUAUGCUGACUGUAAAGUUGAUUUAGCCUCAUAAUGAAUGUUGCUUUGAUCUUUUGCCAGUGUGUUGUAUAUUAUUCGAUUUUGGUCUGUAAUUACACAAAAAAAGUUGGAAGUAAUGUUCUGUCCUCAUGAAGGUUUAAAUGUCUACAAUUUGCAUGUUUGGGCACAAGAGAACUGAAAGGUUGAAAAUGGAUUGGGCAUUUAAGCAGAUUGGACUAGAGUUGGACAUGUAAUCCUAUCCGAUAGGCAAAAUCCAGAUAAUUUUUGAAAAACUGGGCCCAAUUUAUCUCUUGUUAAACCGUCAAUAGACAAUAAAUUCAUCCACGCAGCUGUUCUUAAUUGCAACGGCUAAGGCCAUCUCCAUAGAUGGAUUAGCUGACAAUGUCACAAACGAUGCACGUUCAUCAAAUGGGGCAGAAGUCUUGUGUUUUGUGAUUCUGGAUGGAAACAAUGACAAGAAGCUACCAUUAGUGGAAUCGUAUUGUAUGUGGUUCGUUUCAGCUUGUAUCUUGUUACAAUGUCUUGUUUUGACCGACGCCACCUAUAUGCUAAUAUGGCUGAAAUUCGCUUGCUAACCGACAACUGUGACAAUGUAUUUGUGACAAGUGCUCGUUGUGCAAAGUUUGUUUUCAAUAAACAUUAGAAAAUAUA